AUGGCAGAUCUUGAGCAAGAGCAUCGGACGCCCGGAGUCAAUGAAUCAAUGCCUGGGACUCCAGCUGUUGGUACUGAAGAUGAUGGUUCCGAUGACCAGGACAUUAAGGUACCCGACGCACGCCAGUGGAGCAAGAAAUACAAACUGUUUGUUUCAUUCUGUGCUAUCUUUUCUUAUUUCUUCAUUACAUUCGCAACCUCAGUCUACAUCGCGAGUGUUCCUGGUAUUAUGAUGGAAUUUCGAAUUUCAGAGACAUUGGCCCUCACCCCUAUAACGUUUUACGCGAUAGGAUUCGUCAUUGGACCAAUGUGCACCGCUGCGCUCUCAGAGGAAUUUGGCAGACAAUAUAUCUACAAAAUCUCCCUGCUUCUUCAUGUGGUCUUCACAUGCGUCGCUGGGUCAGCCCAAGAAUUUCGGACAAUCGCAGUCGCCCGUGGUAUCUGCGGUAUAGUUGGGUCCCCUUCCGUGACCGUUUUCUCCGGCCUGUUGAACGAUCUAUGGAAAAUGCCCGAAGACAGAAUUGGCGGUCUCCUUUUCGCUGUGUACGGCAUAUUUGGCGCAGUUGCUAGUGAAGUCGGUCCUACCGCGGGAGAGGCAAUUGUCCGAGACCGUGACUGGCGCUGGACCUUUUGGCUCACAGCCAUGCUGGUGGGUGCAUGUUUCCUGGCCUUGGUGACGGUGCCGGAGACAUAUGGACCUGAGAUUCGGAGAAAGAAGUUGAACCUGCCUAGACGUAAUCUGUUGCACUGCAUCGGUCCUGCCUUUUCGCGUCCUUUCCAGCUGCUUAUCAUGGAGCCAAUUAUCUUUCCCACGGCGGCUAUUGUGACCAUGGGUCAGGUUGUGGUAUUUGUGUUUUAUGCGGCCUAUCCUGUCGUCCUUGAGGAAGUGUAUGGGUUUUCAUCUUACCAAGUCGGGUUGGCAUUCACUCCUUUGCUGAUUGGUAGUCUGUUUGCACUGCCUAUCAUAUCAAUGGUUAUGAAAAGAAGAGACAAGAAUUCGAACCCACAGCCCGAAGAUUCACUGCCCGCAGCAACUAUCGCAGGCAUUCUGUUGCCGAUCAGCUUGUUUUGGCUUGCUUGGACAGCUCGAGAAGGUAUUCAUUGGAUCUGUCCGCUCAUUGCUGGGGCAUUCUAUGGACUAGCAUUUGCGCUAUCACAGCUGGUCUACCCGCUGUACAAAAAUGAGGUUUAUGGAGCCGAAUUGGGAGCCUCUUCAUUUGCAGUCGAUGUCGCUAUGCGAUACACGUUUUCGUCUGUCUUUCCUCUUUUCACUGUUCAAAUGGUCAACCGGAUUGGGUUCAACUGGACCAUCUCACUUUGUGCAUUUGUCCUCUUAGCUCUGGCACCUGUCCCCGUGGUCCUCCAGAAAUAUGGACCCACGCUACGCGCCAGAAGUCGCUAUGUUCCAAAGCAUAAAGACAAUAGCUCGCAAAGUCUCUCGGCGUGA